UCGCAUUGCUGCUCCAACGCCUGCUGCAACCUUCCCUAGACAAAUAACAAACACAACAGCAACAAAACGCUUGCCCUCUCUCUCUUUCCCUGUCGCUCUGUCAUUGGUCUUUUGCUUUUCCUCAUCUAUUACUCUGUUUUCUUUCUCUUCUGUUCUCUCACCUAUUCUUCGAAGCAAAGGUAACACUAAAGUUUUGAUUUUUGACCCACAAAAGAGCAAAGAAACAACCCCAUAUAAGAUUACACAGUCGCCGGAAAUGUUGCUUCCGGUGCAUUUUCCGGCAUAGAAUCAAAAUGCAAGAGACCCUUUUAGCUACACUAUCAGAAAACCCCAAAACCAAAGCCAACAACAAAGACGUUUCCUUGCUAGUCACCUCGCCGUGCCAUAUCGUCUCGACGAGAACCCGAUCCCAGCCGAACUCGCGGCGCGUGACGCCAACUCGCGACUCGACUUCCACCACCAUUACCGCCAGUGUCGACACCAGCUGUGCCUUGGUGGAGAAGGUGCUGCCCAAUGGGGAUAUUUAUACCGGGGGGUUGGUAGAUGGUAUUCCACAUGGGAAAGGGAAGUAUUUGUGGAGUGAUGGGUGUAUGUAUGAAGGAGAGUGGAAGAAAGGGAAGGCUAAUGGAGGUGGGAAGUUUUCUUGGCCAACAGGAGCUUCUUAUGAAGGCCAUUUUAAGUUGGGGAAAAUGGAUGGUUUUGGUACUUUUAUUGGUGUAGAUGGUGAAGCUUAUAGUGGAAAUUGGGUGAGUGAUAAAAAACAUGGGUUUGGUGAGAAAAGGUAUGCUAACGGGGAUGUUUAUCAAGGUUUAUGGAAGGAUAAUUUGCAAGAUGGAGAUGGGAAGUAUAGCUGGAGUAAUGGGAAUGAGUAUAUUGGUGAGUGGAAAAACGGGGUGAUUUUUGGGAAAGGGGUGUUGGUUUGGGAUAAUGGGAAUAGAUAUGAAGGGUAUUGGGAAAAUGGGGUGCCGAAAGGGAAAGGGAUGCUUACAUUUGGUAGUGGGAAUGGGAGGGUUUGUGGCGGCGGAGAGGAUCUUAAAAGAGUGGCCUUGGAUCCGGUAGGAGGGGGAGGGAGGAAGAGAUCAUCAGUGGAUGGUAACUUUCCGCGGAUAUGUAUUUGGGAGUUGGAUGGAGAGGCUGGUGAUAUUACUUGUGAUAUUGUUGAUAAUGUUGAGGCGUCAAUGUUUUACAGAGAUGGUAGUGAUGAUAAUGGAGGUGGAUGUGAGGGUAAUGUGCAGCAGCAGCAGCCAGGAAGAAGUCCUUGUAGUUCUGUUGAUUGUGAGGUUAAUAAGAAACAAGGACAAACGAUUUCAAAAGGGCAUAAGAAUUAUGAUUUAAUGCUUAAUCUUCAACUGGGUGUCCGGCAUUCUGUUGGCAAGCAUGCGUCAAUAACAAGGGAAUUAAGACAGGGUGAUUUUGAUCCCAAAGAGAAGUUUUGGACAAGGUUUCCACCUGAAGGAUCGAAGUCUACACCUCCGCAUCAGUCUGUGGAUUUCAAAUGGAAGGAUUACUGUCCCAUGGUAUUCAGACAUCUGAGGGAAUUGUUUGCAAUAGAUCCAGCGGACUACAUGCUAGCUAUUUGUGGAAGUGAUACUCUUAGGGAAUUUUCCUCCCCUGGGAAGAGUGGAAGCUCCUUUUAUCUAACUCAAGAUGACCGUUUCAUGAUCAAAACCGUUAAGAAAUCUGAAGUCAAGGUUCUCAUUAAGAUGCUUCCAAGUUAUUACCAACAUGUUUGCCAGUACAAGAACUCAUUGGUAACAAAGUUCUUUGGCGUGCAUUGUGUUAAACCAAUGGGAGGUCAAAAGACCCGUUUUGUUGUAAUGGGCAAUCUGUUUUGUUCUGAGUACCGCAUCCAUAAACGCUUUGACCUGAAAGGUUCUUCUCAUGGACGUACAACUGACAAGCCAGAGGGUGAAAUUGAUGAGACAACCACACUUAAGGACCUCGAUCUAAACUUUGUAUUUCGCCUGGAACGGUCAUGGUUUAAUGAACUCAUAAGACAAAUUUAUAGGGACUGUGAAUUCUUGGAAGCAGAGAGGAUUAUGGAUUACAGUCUUCUAAUUGGUCUUCAUUUCCGUGAUGAUUACUCAAGUGAUGAGAUGAUGUCACUAAAUGACAAGCAUUUUGAAAAAAGAAAUUCACAUAAUGAGGAAACAUCGAUGCGUGGUUAUCAUUUGCUGCCCGAUAUGGACUGGGUCAUGGAAGGCAGUGGGCCAUUUAUCCGGCUAGGGGCAAACAUGCCUGCAAGAGCAGAGCGUCUGUCGAGGAAUACUGAAUUGGAUCAGUGCACAGGGAGUGGAAGUAACAAUUCAACACCUUCACAGAAUGGUACCGAGAUCUUUGAUGUAGUUCUCUACUUUGGUAUCAUUGACAUCCUCCAAGAUUAUGAUAUCAGCAAAAAGCUAGAACAUGCAUACAAGUCCUUGCAAGUGGAUCCCACGUCUAUCUCAGCUGUUGAUCCCAAGUUAUACUCGAAAAGAUUCCGAGAUUUCAUACAUAGAAUUUUCAUAGAGGACAAGUGAUGACGGGAAAGAAAGGAAAGGAAAAUUAUACACAAUUUAACACCCAGAAAUUAAACUCCCAGUGACAUCCCGGAAGAGCUGGUGCCAGAUUUACGAGUGAUGCAUGUGUAAAGUAAGGCACAUUGAUUGCUGAUGCAUUGGAUGCGUUGAGGUGUUUAACGUUUGUGGCUAAAUUUUUUAGAUUAGCCAUGGUGUUUAAGUGUCAACUACGGACGAGAUGUCAAGGGAUUAGGUGAGCUUGUAUAAAUCUGAAGAGUGAAGGCAGGCAACUACAGCAGUUUGUUUUCUUGAGUUGUGAGCAGCCCUGGAAUGUGAUUAUCAGCAAGCACAGAGCAUAGAAAGUAGAGAAAUGGUUCUGGCAAAAUUGGGGAGGGAUUGGAAAAAUAAGUGUACAGUCAAAAGUAAGUGGGGUAAAUAGUAUCUUUUCUGUAAAAAGAGAGAGAGAGAAACAUUAUGGGAGUGGUAGUGAACAAAAUUCUUUUUGAUGGCAUCUAUUUAAAAUUUUGAAAAA